UGUCAAAGCUGAAGUAGAGACAGAAAAAAAAAUUGGGGAAGCCUGCAGCUCGUUUGCAUGUCUCCUUGCUGCAUCGAGGUGCCAUCGCCGGUGCGUUCAGGGUCGGUGUCCGCGGUGGGAGAAGGCGCAUUCCGCCGCCAAUUUCGUCGUCACGCGGAGGUGUCCCCCAGCCCCCCCACCUUUUUUUGUUGCUAGCAUCUCUCCGAGCCCCAGCCGCGGUGCUCCUCAUCUUUUCCCUCCUUCCUCCUCGCACGACUCACGGAACGCAUUCGCCGAGGCCACAUCGCCGCCUUCCUUCAGCGGGAUCCACCGCGACGAGGCUGGGGGGUUCCUCCUAGCUUUUGACAUUUGACAGAUCCUCUUUGUGUGUGCGCUUGUGUGAGUGUGGCCGUGUGUGCGCUGGGUGGAGUCAACCCGGAAUUCUCCAAAUUUGGAUUAAGCACAAUCAGGGAGAACCAUGAAAGACGGCAUCGCCAACAACAGCACAGCCAGCAUCUCCGAAGCCAGGAAAGCUGUGGAGCAGCUUAAAAUGGAGGCCUGCAUGGAUAGGAUAAAGGUGUCCAAAGCUGCCGCAGACCUGAUCGCCUACUGCGAUGCCCACAUACGGGAAGACCCUCUCAUCGUACCCGUCCCGGCCUCAGAGAACCCGUUCCGGGAGAAGAAGUUCUUCUGCGCCAUCCUCUGAUGAGCCAAGGGUGUGGCUUCGCCGGCCUCCUUUGUCUUCACCGUGCUUGAAGCGACUUGCCACGGGCGCCCCCUCGAGUUUAGCAGGGUGGACCCCGGUGUUGGUCAGCUCUGUCCUGGCGGCUGAGGGUUUCUGCGGGUGGCGGUGUUAUUCAAUAGGUUUGUUAUUGCUUUGUUAUUAGAGAACAGCCUUGUUCAGCGCUUUCAUGAGGUGGGAAUUUUUCUUUUUUUCUUUCUUUUUUUUUUUUUUUUUUAUCCCAACUUGGCUCAGGAAACAGACAUGUGCCCAGUAAACAUCUUUGCACCUUCUGCAUCGUCUUAAAACAUCAGUGCCUUCAGUGUGCCAGCUUUAAAGUAUUUGCAGCAGCGUGCACUGAAAGCUAAAAUAUAACACCUGGCUUAUUUCACUCAUGAUCUGUUCGACGAAAACCCGAACAGCCAUCUACUUUAUACCAAGUAAAGUCAAGUGUUUUGGUACGGAGCGAGCCAAUCUGUAUUUUUUCAGGCGACAACUCGUAGCCGCUUAUCACUGUGCAUCCCUUUUACUCCAAAUGAGUUGAUAAAGCUUCCUUGUCAUGCCCUGACACUUUUUAAUCUUUGCUGUUUGUUUCCAUUGACGCUCAAAUCAGUCUUUCGUCAUCUCGCAGCUCCCGAUCGAAACACGUUCCCCACGUUGCAAAGUGUCAAGUGUUUUCUGGGCGGGUUUCCUGACUUUUUUUUUUUUUUUUUUUUUUUGCCGUUUGAGAGAAAAAGGACAGGCCUUUGAUAUUCAAACAGGCCUGCAUGUUCCUCUGCUGCCAUAAUGAGCGCCACCCAUGUAUACAAGCCGUCUUUUUCCAGUGUACAGUCCGUUUCAGUGCCAAUCCUUGUGAGAGCGGUGUUAUUGUCACACUGCGCUCACGCACAAUUAUUUGUUUUGUUUGCUUUAUUUGAAAGAACAAGCACACUGUCUCCUUUACAUAGUACGCGUAUUUAAACAGCAUUUACAAAUUUUUAUGAUGAAUUGUUGAUGAUUAUUAAUAUUGUUAUUAUCAGUGGUAUUAUUGAAUAUUUGUUGCACAGCACUGACUGCUACAUGAUAUGUAGUGUGCUACUAAGCGUGUAUGAUACCUACAGUGGUUCAUUAUUUACAAAUCAUACAGUUAUUGAUAGUAUGUGAGUAUUUUAAAAUUAGAUAACACAAAGGGUAUUCAAUCUGUGAAAUGUGAGGUAAUUACCUCUUGGUACUUGAACAGUCAUUGUAUUACUGAUCCAAUUUACAUGAAUAACAAAGCAUCAACUGUUUCAGGAGAAUCAUUUUAGUAUUAUUGUUAGUUAUUUAUAACAUCCCAAGACCAGUCUUGGGGUUUCUUCACUGACCUCUUGAGGAUGGUGCCAAAUUUUCAACAAUAUACAUAGUGGCGAAAGGUGAAUUAUGCAUGGUUUCCUCCCAAACGAGAAGUGUUAUGAGAUGAAAUAUUCCCUUCAUGGGGACUUUCUAAAAAGGCCGCUGUGCACUUGUAAUCACACCGGAGGUCCGACAUGUUGACAGUGUGCAGCUGUAUUCUUAAAUGGUAUUAUUGUUUUUGUAAAAUGAAACAAAUGCAUUUAAUUAGAAAGCUUUGUAAAUCCUUUGAUGGAUGAAUUAAUUAAAGAAAUAUAUCAAAUGGCA